GUAUUUUUGUCUGAUUUUGUAAGCAAGCAGUUUUUAAGUGAGGUGAAAUUUGGGGGUACAGACAAAUCAGAUUCGUGAAAGGGGUACAGUCGUCUGGAAAGGUUGAGAGUCACUGAUCUAACUCAACCCCAAUGACUUUCAUUCAUUGCACUGAUGUAGGGUCCCUGUCUGAUCCCUUUGACUCCUAGGGUCAGUUGAGAGUCACCCAUUGACUGCAGUGGGGUCAGGGCCCGAUUCUGACCUCAGAUCCUCUGGGUGAAACUGGAGUCACCCCCUCCCCAAGUGGCAUCGGAGCCAGCUCCUUGUCUCCACACCCUCAGCUGGAUCUGUCAGGAGCGAUGGGCCUGCACAGGCACAGGGGCAGUGGGUGGGGGGGCAAUGGGGAUGGGCUGGAGCUGUCCUGCUCGGACCCAGGUUAGGUUCUCUGGGUGAACAGCAUAGGCCAGAGCUCCCAGUACAGUCCAGAUUCAGGAGGGAGGGGAUAGGACCCUUCAUCACAGUUGGGGGAGGGGAGGGCAGGGGAGAGGAAGUGAAAGCACCAGGGGCUGCUAUUGCAGCAGGUCAGGGAGCUGUGAUAGUGCUCCCCCUCCUGUUCUACACUCCUCCUGGCCCUCACCCCACUCCCACUCUGCAGACUCCCUGCCCUACCCCUCCACACAGACACCCACCCCAUCCCGGGCCUCACAGCCCUCUCACCCCACCCUGGGCCGACACAGAGUCCUCCCCAGACAGCUAGGCCCUACCCCUGCCUGCUCUGCCCUUUCACAAAGCCCCUGCCCCCUCCACCUCCUACUCUGCACCCCCCACAGACACUCCCCCACCCCGACUCCUCCCUACAGUCUUAGGCCUCACCUUGCCCUUCCACCCUGACCAUGCUCUGUCCCCCAGCUCCUUCUUGGGGCCCAACCCAGGCUCACUCCAUACUGCUAAGCCCCAUCCUGGCCCUACAGGGCCCCCCUCCUAGGCCCCUGCCCUGUCCCCUCCCCCCCCCGUGGUGUUUAGGAGUCACCACAGUGACAGCAUUACAAAGGGGGGGGGAGAGGGGCUCUGAUCUAGAACCUCCAGGAUCCCAGAGUUCUGGGGCCACCAGGAAGUCAGUCUGGGACGUGGACUUGGCUGGGGACACAACAGAAGGAGGGAGGGGCAUUUAGGGGUCACUGAGGGAAUUGGGUUGCAGGAUCCCAGUCAGGGGGAAGCACCAUGGACUACCUGACCGUGCCUGUUGUGUCUGGCACCCAGAUGGAGAAGCCUCCGUACAAGGAGGAGACGUCCCCUGUCUCCCAGGCCUUCUUGCAAGCCGCCUCGGCCUCCUCCCACCCUCUGAAGAUAUUGAAAGGGAAGCAGGACCCCUGGCAGAGGCGGAAGUGGAGGGGCACCAUGGUCCUGCUGCGCCUGGCAUGGGAGAGGACCUUGCCCCAGCUGCUUACCCUGCGGGCCAUCAUCCAGAAACUCACUCAGCUGCUGGCCUUUGAACUCUUCAUCCUCACCGUGAUUGGCAUCCACACAACAGUGCUAGUGGCGCAGACCUUCGCCGUGGUGCAGGUCCGUGGAGAGUGGUUCUUCGCCGCCAUGGACGCUGUCUUCCUGUGCAUGUACGUGCUGGAGGCACUGCUGAAACUCAUCGCCCUGGACCUCAACUACUUCCGCAAUCCCUGGAAUGACAUUGAUUUUUUCGUCAUGAUCAUGAUGGUGCUGGACUUUGUGCUGCCGCUUCUCAUCUCCCCGGGCCACACCACCCACGACAAUGCUGGCAGCCUCUUCCGCGUGCUCCGUGUCUUCAAGUGUGUCCGGGCCGUGCGGGUCCUGAGGCUGCUGCUCACACUGCGGGUCCUGGAGAACCUGCAGGAACUGACAAGCACCUUCGCGUUGUCUGGCCCGUCCAUCGGGGCCAUCCUGCUGUUGAUGUUCACCUGCCUCUUCAUGUUCUCGGUGGUGCUGCAUGACCUGUUCCAGAACUCUGACCCCUAUCGCUUCGGGGAGCUCUUCGACACCAUCUUCACCCUCUUCCAGCUCUUCACGCUAGACGACUGGUCCUUCAUCUACCUGGACAGCAUCCAAGGGGGUGCCUCAUAUAUUAUCUUCUUCCUGAUGGCCUACAUCCUCAUUGAGUACUUCACCUUCCUCAACCUGGUCAUCGCUGUCCUGGUGGACAAUUUCCAGUUGGCCCUGAUCAAGCGCCAAGAGCUGCAGAAGCAGAAGAGUAUGCUGCAGCCCAAAGAGAGCAGCAUAGAAGAUAUUGUAUCAGGCAAGCCAGCCCAGGAGGGACACAUGAAGCCAGAGGAUGAUGAAGCCUUCCUGCCUCAGCUUAUCAAGCACAUGGGUGGCAGCGAGAGCAGGGAGAAGCAGCUGCUUUUCACCUACCUGCAGCUGAUGGCGUCAGUUGAGCACCUCCAGCAGCAGUUCCGCUCCCAGGCCGCCACCACCGACAAGAUUGUCGACAGCUUCUUCGAGACAGCCGAGCAGGACUUUCCCCACCACUGAAAAGGCCGGGCUGUCCACAUUGUGGGGGAAGGACGUGCCCAGAGGCCGGGGCACUGCAGCCAUGAGG